GUUGUAGUGCCACAUUCUCACUUUACUUUAGCCUUCACACAGACACACACCUAUACUUAGAUCACAACCUGUUCCUGUUACUGAGUCCAUGUCGCAUGACCAGGACAUCUGCUACCUCUGCAAAGAGGACCUGAGGGACCCCGUGUCCAUUCCCUGUGGUCAUCCUUUUUGUGCCAUCUGCCUUAAGACCUACUGGGACCACGCUGACCCCUCUGGCCAAUACGCGUGCCCACAGUGUCGAGUCAGCUACAGCAAGAGGCCUAACCCACGCCGCCUGAUGUCCUCUCGCAACUCUACAUCUCAGAGGCUUUCAGAAUCCUCGCCUCCAGCUCCUCCAGCUCCGGACUACAACUACGCCGGCCCCCGGGAUGUGGCAUGUGACAUCUGCAUUGGGAAGAAGCUUAAAGCUGUUAAGUCGUGCCUGAUGUGCCUGGCAUCAUACUGUGAGAAGCAUCUGAAACCUCACUAUGAGUCGGCAACCUUCAAGAGACACAAGCUGGUGGAUGAGAUCGGACACCUGGAUAGGCAGAUCUGCCCACAGCAUCAGAAAGGGCUGGAGCUCUAUUGCCGCACAGACGAGAUGUGUAUUUGUGUGCUAUGCACCGUGAAAGAGCACAAGGGUCAUGAUAUGGUCUCAGCCGAACAGGAGCGAAGCGAGAUGCAGCAACGUCUGGGUGCCACACAAGCUGAAAUCCAAGAGAAGAUUCAUGACAGAGUGAAGCAGAUGGAGGAGUUGAAACAAGCUGUGGAUGCAUUAAAGAACUCGGCUCAGCGGGCGCUACAGGAGAGCGAAAAGCUAUUCGGAGACAUGCUUCACACCAUCGAAAGGAUGCAACAAGAAAUGGCCAAGCUGAUUACAUCCAAUAAGAAAAUGGCGCUCAACACAGCCGAGGGCCACAUGGAUCGUCUGGAUCAGGAGAUCGCUGACCUGAAGAGGAGAGACAAUGAGCUCACACAGCUGUCCCGCACCGAGGACCAUAUCCACUUCAUCCAGAGUUACCACAUGCUGAUAGCCCAGACAGACGCUGAAGAGCUGCCCACUGUUAGCGUCAACCCGUACUUCUCCUUCGGCUCGGUAACCAAGACCGUUUCUGAGUUGAAACAGCACCUGAACGAGUACGGCAAUGAGGAGCUGGUCAAAGUGGCCACCACAGUAAACAAGAUGCCUUUCUGUCAACUAGAGGACAAAAAGGGAAAGAAGCCCAUAAAGAGUGAUGAAAUUGACACGUAUAAGGCUCAGAGGACUCUAAGCCAAGCGCCUCCUCGUAGCCAGCCUCAACGCACCAGGGAUGAACUUCUCCAGUAUGCCUGCCAGUUAACUCUAGACCCAAACACAGCAUAUAAACAGCUCUACCUUUCCCGAGGCAACAGGAAAGCAGCGCUAAAGAGAGACCCCCAGUCCUACAACGAAAACAACCAGAGGUUCGACUGCCUGCCACAGGUGCUGUGCAAAGAGGCCCUGUCUGGUGGUGCUUAUUACUGGGAGGUGGAAUGGAGCGGUGAGGGGGCCUCCAUUGGCAUCACUUACAAGGGAAUCAAGAGGACAGGCUAUGGUGAUUCGUGCCGGAUUGGUUACAACCGCAAAUCCUGGGGUCUCUUCUGCUCCGAUUCCAAUUACUCAGCUCGCCACAUGAAAGAUCAAGUGGAUAUCAAUUUGCCCUACUCUUCUCGCAUAGGGGUUUUCCUGGACUAUGAUGCAGGCACUCUGUCCUUUUACAGUGUAGCAGAGACCAUGACACUCAUCCACGAGUUUAAAGCUUCCUUCACUGAGCCUGUAUAUCCUGGAUUCUGGGUGUGGUAUGAGUCGGCAAUCUGUAUUUGUCAGCUGUAGCUCUGUGUUCACUUGGUUUAAGGAGGAAUUAAUUUUUAUAUAUAUAUAUAUAAUUUUAUACAUGCAAAUGAAUGUCAUAUUUUUUUGUCAUUUUAUUGCCACUGUGAUCACUAAAUCUGAGAAUCUAUAAUGUGAAUAAAUGAACCUCAAUAUGCAAUUGUAGAAUGCAUAGUAGAUAAGCAAUGUUGUUAGUGCACAUGGUUUUAUAUGCACAAAAUGAUUUACAGUAAAGCUUUAUCCUCGAAUUCUAAUGUUGGUUUGUAUGUACAAAUGAAGACAAUAAAGAUGAUCUAAAAUA